AUGCACGGCCUUCCCCAUCUUCGCUGCUGGCAUCUCCUCCGUCCGCACAUUCAAACCCAUAAGCAGUGUGCCUUCUCCGUGCUGUGCGGGCUGUCUGAACGUGCGUCCUGCUGCAUGCACCCGGUCCCGACAGCUUGGUACUCGUGCACAGCGGGGUUGGCGAGCGCAUAG